GCUACGUUCAGACGUGAGGUCACGUCACCGGGGUGACGUGACCUCACGUCUAAGCGCAGCAGCCCACCAUGUCGGAGUUCACUGUGCCAGCGAGCAGUGCGCCCGCCGCCCUGUUCUCUCUCGUACAGGCCCUGCUUGUCCUCAGGAAGUUGGCCUGGAAUCUGGAAUCUGCACAGCACCACCUCUUGAGAACCAGGAUCUAGAGAAAAAGCAGGAAUUUAAAGGACGAAUUGGUAAGAAGUGCACUGGUUCGCCCCAAAUCAACAGCCAAUUGGUUAUGCAGUUCUUUAUCCCCAGUAGACACACCCUCCACACCACACGUCACUCCAGGAAGAGUAUUUACCUGUGUGACGGGGGAGUGAAGGUAGCCUGAUGAAACGGCCAGAAGGGGCGUGAAACAAUCAUCACUACACCUGUGCUUCCACCUUGGCGUCCUGCGGAUGCUGUACCACUCCAAGCAUGCACCGUGAAUAAAAGAAAACCACUGCACCUUGAAACCCCUUAGUUUAGUGAAGAGGAGGAUGAAAAAUAUCUACCAACUUCUCAAAGGACAGAUGAGGGGCAUUCAGAACCCAUGUCCCAAGAGCAGUUGUGGGGCUGCCAGCUCAUGGACCACCAGCUAUGAGAACUUAUGACAUGACAAAGGCUUUACUAUAACCAAAAAUAGGCAGUCAUCUGUGUGUGAAAAAGGAUUUCCAUAUUGUAUUGAACCCGGAAUCAGACACAUUUCCAAGCUGUAAUAUAAAGUAUAAGAAAUAUUUGCAAAUGUCCAGAGUUGCUAGAUAUCUGCGGAAGGUCCCCAAACACUAUAGAAUAACUGUAUAAGUAAUACAUUGUGAGGUAAUCUAUAAAGCUUGAUCUUUUUGACUACCAUGAACAUAUUGGCUCUGGAGCUCAGGAGGUUAUCCUUGCAUAAAUGUGAACCCUGGUUGACAAACUCUCUAUAUUCUUGCUGAUGUAAGCUUAAAAACAAUUCACAGAUGGGACAGAGGUGGUUCCAGACUUUGCUGUCAGUGUGGAUUAUGGGUAUGUUUGCUUCCUAUGGACUACAUUUUCUAUUGGAAAGAAGAUGAUGGACUUUGUGUUGUAAAUGCAAGGAUGGUACGCCGAGGGCUACUAAGUUGGGUUUCGCGGGUGGGAAUCGUCCUUGUCUGCUUUUGCUGUAUUGUGUCAGUAUUGUAUAUGCUGGCUUGCACCCCAAGAGCUGAGGAUGAGCAGCUGUUGCUUCCACAUGUUAAUAGCCCAACAGGAAAAGAAGGUUACCAUGCCAUCCUGCAGGAGCGUGAGGAAGAGCAUCGGAACUAUAUUACCAGUCUGAAAAAGCAAAUUGCUCAAUUGAAGGAUGAGCUUCAAGAACGCAGUGAGCAGCUCAAAAAUGUUAAUGGUCACAACAGUGAUUCCCUAACAGUCACAUUUGAUCAUGCAAGUCCAGAGAAGACACAGACAGACCUCUUAGACUUUUUACAUUCCCAAGUUAACAAAGCUGAAGUACAUAAUGGUGUGAAGGUUCCUACUGAGUAUGCUGCUAUUCCAUUUGAUAGUUUUACUCUGCAAAAAGUUUAUCAGUUGGAAACAGGACUUACUCGUCACCCAGAAGAAAAACCUGUAAGGAAGGACAAAAGGGAUGAGCUUGUUGAGGCUAUUGAAGUAGCAGUAGAAGCUCUGAAUAGUCCUGAAGGUGAAAGCAAUGCUCUUAAAAGAACAUAUACAUCUGCUGAUUUCAUUGAAGGAAUUUACAGAACAGAACGUGAUAAAGGGACUUUGUAUGAACUGACUUUUAAAGGAGACAAAAAUCAAGAAUUUAAACGCCUUGUUCUUUUUCGACCAUUUGGACCUGUUGUGAAAGUCAAGAAUGAAAAGCUCAAUAUGGCAAAUGUCCUUGUUAACAUCAUUGUCCCUUUAGCUAGAAGAGCUGACAAGUUUCAGCAGUUCAUGCACAAUUUCAGGGAAGUAUGCAUAAACCAGGAUAAAAGAGUUCAUCUCACAGUGGUGUAUUUUGGCAAAGAACAGGCACACGAGGUGAAAGCUAUACUGGAGAACACAUCAAAGGUGGCAAACUUUAAGAACUUCACGUUCAUUCAGCUGAACGAAGAAUUCUCCCGUGGAAAAGGAUUAGAUGUUGGUGCUCGUGCCUGGAAAGGAAAUAAUGUGCUUCUGUUUUUUUGUGAUGUGGAUAUCUACUUUAAUGCCGAGUUUCUGAACACAUGCAGAAUCAACACACAGCCAGGGAAAAGAGUUUUCUACCCUGUUCUUUUCAGCCAGUAUAACCCAGCUAUAAUUUAUGGACAUCAUGAUGCAAAUCCAUCCAUUGACCAACAACUGGUUAUUAAGAAAGACACAGGAUUUUGGAGAGACUUUGGAUUUGGAAUGACUUGUCAGUACCGUUCAGACUUUAUUAACAUAGGCGGUUUUGAUCUGGAUAUCAAAGGUUGGGGUGGAGAAGAUGUUCAUCUAUAUCGGAAAUACCUUCAUAGCAACCUUGUGGUGAUCCGUACACCUGUUAGAGGUCUCUUCCACCUGUGGCAUGAAAAGCGCUGUGUGGAUGAGCUGACACCAGAGCAAUACAAGAUGUGCAUGCAGUCUAAGGCCAUGAAUGAGGCUUCUCAUGGACAGCUUGGCAUGCUGGUCUUCAGACAUGAAAUUGAAGCACAUCUUCGGAAGCAGAAGCAAAAGUCCAGUGUCAAGAAAUCAUGAGAACACACACUGUGGGUCAUCUUAAGUUACCGCUGCUGCAAGGGAUGCAUGAAAAGAACACAAACUCCGGGCACUAGAUGUUCAUGUUGUCUUCUUUCAAUGGUCCUUCAGGAUGCAGCAGGUUUUGAUGAUGGUUUACUAGACAAACCAAAUAGGACAGGGCUGUUCUUGAAUAUAAGUUUACAUAAUAACUUUGAGAAUAUUUAUGAACUACAAGUUACAGGAUGCAAAUCAAGAAAUGGUUUAACGUCAAUGUGCACUAAGCUGGUUGUGUCACACCUGGAAUUACGAAGCAACACAUAGUGAAAUAUGAAUUUACCUAUGGACAACAAAAUAAAUCUCUAUUUAGUAAAUUGACAACUCUUUUGGUAAAAGACAGAGAAGCUUUUUGUUUCAAAAGGUAGAACAUUUCUCAUACAGAGAUUUCUGUUUUUAAAUGUUACCAUAUUGCUGCAACGUCUGAAGCCAGAUAUUAGAAGCCAUAUGAAAUGAGUUUUCUGGAGUGUAUCUCAAAAGGCUGAAUACAAGAAUAUGCCUGACUAUGCAUUGAUACAACAAUGGCCAGAAUCCAUUGUGCUGUAAGCGCACAAUUGGUAGAAUUUUUGCAUUGUUUUGAUUUGUAUUGAUAUAUGAGUGAUGAAUAGUUACACGACAAAAGCACAAAUUACUGUAUUUUGUUAGUCGUAUGGUCCUUAAGUUAUAUCUUUGCCAUUUGAAGUAUGCAACAUAUUCUUUAAAAAAAAGAUAGGAUUUAGUGGUUGGAGUGCUGGAUUCUUAGAGAGUGGUUAGACUAAGACCUCUGAAGCAGUUUUGGGAAUUGCUAAAAGACAGACAUUAUACUGUGACAUUGCACAAGAUAUAUCCUUUGUUCUCUGACAACACGUAAACUCCAGGGGGAAGUGAAUCCUAUAAUUAUGAGUUUAUUAUUGCCCAUCAAUCCCAUCGGCCCCGAUUUCUCAAAGGGUUCUUCUGUGUAGAACUAAGAAUCCCUGACUAAUGCUAAGGACAGAUAGGGAAGGUCAAAGCUGAGCAGUAUGGGAAAUAUACAUGUUGUGUGUUCCCAACUCCUAAGGUUAAUAAAUUGCACUGGAAUUCUUAUGGCAAUCACUGCAUUUUUUUUUUUUAAGAUGGGUUAUGGAUCAAUGUGUUACCCACAAAAAAAAAGUCCAUCGGCAUUUCCAUGUAUAUUACCAAAGACAUUUAGAAACAUAAGAACAUAGAAUGUGCCGUCAGAUAAGAACCAUUUGGCCCAUCUAGCCUUAUUCCUAUCCCAUGCAUGCUUAAACUGUAAGAUAGUAUUAUGAAAUCACAAACUAGAAAUACAAGCCCAUCAUAGUUGAUAUGAUAAAAGAUUAGAAAGGUUUUCAUGUAAUUAUGCAAAUCUCUGAAUGUUCAGACUCUAUUGAUAGAUUACUUUAGCAAGGAAAGGUUUUCUUCUCGUCUUUUGGCUGUAUUGAUAAAUUCCUCAGAGUUUUGAUGGAUGGUUCUGCAAAAUAUGUAAUGUUUUCUGAGGCCAGUGUUAGUUAUUUCAGUGAAACAGACUCAAAAGUACCAAUAUUGUUGAGUUUAUAUUUACCAACAAUUUUUAUAUAUUUUGACAUGGAAUAGUUGCCUUUGUUACUAAAUGUAUUAACUGUGUGAAACAUUGUGCUUUCUCAGUAACACCAUGUUCUGGAUUUUACUACACCUCUGUAGGUAACUUAAAGGAGAACUCCAG